GAGGGGAGGGCAAGAGAGGGAAGGGGAGGGGAGGCAGGAGAGGAGAGGAAAUAACCGAGGCUCUGUGAGAUUGUGGAGUGGGGAGGAGUAGAGAAGAGAGGGAAGGGGAGGGGAGAGGAGAGGAGAACCGAGGCACUGCAAGCGAGAGGACAGCGGCACUGCGAGGGAGAGGAGAGGCUACAUUGUGGGCGCGCAAGGGGAGGGAAGCAGAUUGCAACAUCGGAGAAUGUAACCAAGAGUGUGAGAGUGUGUGAUCGGCUCGGAAUACCUGCAAUCGCCGUUUCCCCCUUCCUCGAAACCAUGACCGAAGACGCCUCUGAGAUCCCCAGAGAGCUGCUUGAGAGCAUCAGGGAUGUUAUUGGCAGGAAGGUUAAAAUCUUCUUGAAGAAGAAGGUGAAGCUGGAAAUUAAAGGGGACAAGGUGGAGAACAAAGUUUUGGUAUUAACAUCGUGUCGAGUCUUCCUGUUGGCUGCACGGAUCCCCACCAAGUUGGAACUCACUUUCAACUAUCUGGAAAUUCAAGGAAUAAGUUGCUGUAAACCUGGACAACUGAUCGUCGAAACAGAUCGCUGCGCGUUCCCCCUGAAGCUGACGACGUCAGAAGAGGUGAAUGAGGUGGUGGGAUACCUGGGAACGUGCCUCAAGAAGAUGCUUCCUGGUCUCUCCCCAAUGAGAGUGAUGAAAAAGGUGAUAAUGGAGCCGGGAGAUCGUCUCUUGUCGAUACAGUCGCUGUGGGACAGCCAGACCGUGGCAGAGCCUGGUCCUUGUGGUGGAUUCUCGCAGAUGUACGCAUGUGUCUGCGACUGGCUUGGAUUACCUUACAGAGAGGAAGUCCAAUGGGAUGUGGAUACGAUUUAUCUUACUCAAGACACGAAGGAACUGAAUUUACAAGACUUCAGCCAUCUUGACCAUCGAGACUUAAUACCAAUUGUGGCUGCACUCGAAUACAACCAAUGGUUCACAAAACUCUCUUCCAAGGAUCUAAAACUGUCCACAGAUGUGUGCGACCAAAUCCUACGUGUGGUAGCUCGGUCGACACGCUUGGAAGAACUGAUGCUGGAAAACGCAGGGCUUCGAACGGAUUUUGCACAGAAGCUGGCCAGUGCCCUCGCUAGCAAUCCCCACUCCGGGCUUCACACCAUCAACCUGGCCAGCAAUCAGCUGGAGGACCGAGGAACGGCUUCCCUGAGCAGCCAAUUUGCCAAAAUUCCAAAGGGGCUGAAACAUUUAAACAUGUCGAAAAUCUCUCUGUCACCCAAAGGCGUGAACAACCUUGCCCAAACUCUCAGUGCCAACCAACAAGUCUUUAACUCUCUCACGCAUCUGGACCUCGCAGGAAACUUGCUCCGUGGCGAUGAUCUGUCAAACCUGUACAAUUUCCUAUCCCAGCCAAAUGCGAUUGCUCAUCUUGAUUUGUCCAACACAGACUGUGCAUUAGAUAUGGUGUGUGCGGCACUUCUGCGGGGAUGCUGCCAACACCUGGCGUCUCUGCACCUGUCUAAAAGUAUCUUCUGCCACAGGAAGGCCAAAGAGAUCCCUCAAUCAUUCAAGAUGUUCUUCAGCAGUUCACACGCUUUGAAGCACAUCAACCUAUCAGGCACAAAACUUCCUCCGGAUGCCGUCAAAGCACUUUUACUCGGCCUUUCCUGCAACCCUCAGCUGAAGGAGGUCUCCCUUGACCUUAGCAAUUGCGAGCUGAGAUCGGGUGGAGCUCAGAUCUUGGAAGGAUGCAUUGCAGAAAUCCAUAACAUUUCAAAACUGGAUAUUUCAGAUAAUGGUUUAGACUCUGACCUUGCCACCCUUGUGGUGUGGAUGAGCAAAAACAGAUCGAUCCGACACCUCGCCCUGGGCAAAAACUUCAACAACAUCAAGUCCAAGAAUCUUGCUCCUGUGCUGGAUAAUAUUGUACAUAUGAUUCAGGAUGAAGAAUCGCCCCUGGAAUCGCUCUCUCUUGCCGAUUCGAAGCUGAAGACCGAGUUGACGAUAAUAAUUAAUGCGCUGGGAAGCAACUCCUCGUUAACCAAGGUGGACAUUAGUGGGAACGGAAUGGGAGAUAUUGGUGCCAAGAUGUUGGGGAAAGCCCUGCAGAUCAACACCAAGCUCAGGACGGUGAUCUGGGACAAGAACAAUAUCACCGCUCAGGGCUUCCAGGACAUAGCCGUGGCUCUGGAAAAGAAUUAUACUCUGAGGUUCAUGCCUAUUCCCGUCAAUGACGCUUCACAGGCAUUGAAGGCUAAUCCAGAAAAAACCGAGGAGGCUUUGCAAAAGAUCGAGAAUUAUCUUCUACGGAAUCAUGAGACAAGGAAGUACCUCCAGGAACAGGCCUACCGGCUGCAACAAGGAAUUGUCACCAGUACCACCCAACAGAUGAUUGACCGGAUGUGUGUCAAAGUGCAGGAUCAUCUGAACUCGCUGAGGAACGUGACGGGAGACACAGUGCAGGAAGAUGUGCGGCUGGCGGAGAACUUCAUGAAGGAUGCCAGAAACUCCAAAACACUUCUGCCCAAUCUUUACCACACUGGAGCUUCUUGGACGGGAUUCAGCGGAUCAUCUAAUCCCAUCGAGGAGAAGCUGGAAUCCAUGGCCGGAGAGGUCACGCGGGUCGUGGACGAGCAGCUCAAGAUGAUGUUGGAGUCCAUGGUCGGUGCUGCUGAAGGCCUCUGCCCGCAUGUGAUGAGGAAAGCCCACCUACACCAGAGCUUAAUCGAGGCCACCAGCGAGAAGGUGUGCAUCCCGCGGGCCUUCAUCAAGAACGUUCUGCUCGAGCAAUCUGGCAUUGACAUCCUAAACAAAAUUAGUGAGGUGAAGCUUACGGUGGCAUCAUUCCUGUCUGACCAUAUCGUCGACGAAAUCUUGGAAGCACUGUUGACCUCUCAACACAAACUGGCAAACCAUCUGACCAAGCGCGGCAAACCGCUGCCCCGCCAGGAGUCGACGGAAAUAGAGGUGCUGGAGGAGAAGACGGUGAAGCGGCUUGCCGUCACCGCCAACGAGCUGACGGAGCUGGAGAGGCUGGAGGAACUCGACACCUGCAUGACUCUCUGCUGUACCAGUAUGACUCCCAAGUCGAAGAGGAAAAGUAUCCACAGCCGCAUGCUCCGGCCUGUAUCCAGAGCUUUUGAGAUGGAGUUUGACUUGGAUAAGGCCCUAAAGGACAUCCCGGUCCACUACGAGGACUCCACUCCUGGCUCGAGCGUUUACAGCAAGCUGGAUCGGUACUCACGGCCCAGCAGUAUGAUGAAUGAACUCCCCUCUGAUGAAGUGAAGAAGCUGGAACACUAUACAAAGUCCAGACCCAAGAGGAACAAAAAGCUGCCGCCGAGCAAGACUGCCCUCUCGGCCACAGAGUGUCCGGAGCCCGAGCAGAAUGGCCUUACGGAUCGAGUGGAUGAGGGAGUGGACGAGUUCUUCAACAAGCGGAUCACGCGCAUGGAAUCCAAGAGGCUCUCGCUGCGGAGCUCGGACUCUCUAGAUGCCGCCGGUGAGUCGGACGACAAGAAGCGGAAGGACUCCAAGAAGAGCAGCUUCCUCAACCUGAUCAAGUCGCGCUCCAGCAAGGCGGAGCGGCCCCAGGCGGCGGGGGUUGCCGAGGAGCCGUUGUCGCCCAGAGGCGGGGCCAAGGGCCCGGCCGCUGCCACCGACCUCGGCAGGAGGGACUCCAGGCUGGCGGAACAGAACGGCGGGGCCGAGCUCUCCGAGGGACACAAGACGCCAGACGCCGCGGAGCCCGUGCUGGAGGAGGCGGGGAGGACGGAGAAGGUGGACGGGAAAGGAAGUCCGCAAAGCAGCCGGUGGUACGGGGUGCAAGUGAUGGGCAGCGGACUCCUGGCAGAAUUCAAGGCCAAGCAGGAAAAGCGGGCCGCUGUCCAGAAAAAACUAGAAAACGAAGCAGGAAAUAAGGAAUUUCAUGAGAAUUUGUCAAGUGCCGACCAAGUGGAUGAAACGGGAAGAGCGCUUCUUCUCGCCCUAUUAGCCAAAGAUCAGAGGGGAGAUCCCGCGGUAACUUCACCGGAGGUACUCGCGAAGCCUGAGCCCAAGACCGAAGCGGUGAAGCCGAAAGGUUCCUCCAGCACACCCACCAGUCCGAAAACGCCGCCACAGAUCCCCAAGCCCAGCAACGUGGGUCGUCCGAGUAUUCCUCAGAAGCCCAGGCCCAGUUGGAGCGCAGAGGAAACUCCAGAAUCGCCAUCUGGCCACACUUCCCCCAAAGUUGCUCUGGUCCCACCUGCUCUAAGGCGAAUACCAUCAGAUAGAGAUGGGCAGGGCAGCCCACCUUUCAGUGGGCCCAACAGCUGGUCAUCAUCGCAUGAAGAGCUGUUUGGACUUGAAAGUAGGGCUGACACAGAGAGUGAUUCUGAAAUGGCAAAAAAUGGAGCACGUGUCAAAAGAACGCUGAGGCAAUCUUCAACUGGCGGGGUGAAAGAUGCAAGCGAGACUGAGCGCAAGAAAUUCCAGCCAUUAACUGCGCGCCAAAGUUCGAUGACGGAUGCAAGCUCCAGGCAGAACGACGAGAGCAGGGUGGACCGACCGGCCGACGACCAGGAGAGGACGGCGAGGAGGGAGCGGCAACACUCGAAGACGGAGGGGAAGAAUGGCAGCAAGUCCAGCGACUCUGGAGAGGAGGGGGACAAGGACUACAUCUUUGUAUAAAGGCUACUGCGGGGGGAGGGGAACACAACAGCACAAGUGCACACAAUGAAACAAGGCGACCAGGGUGGACAGAAAUACUCUCGUGUUUCCACUCAUCAGCCAAGCAUCGAGCAAAUAGCGUUUUAUUUUACAACAAAAAAACUGGAAGACAGCAUUGGGGUUCCAGGCUCUCAAAAUUUUAGUUUUAAUAUGAUCCUUUAAUAUAAUCUACUACAUUAAUUUUACUGCAUGCUUAUAAUGUUUUAUCUUUACCCCAAUUUUAUCGUUAAUCCGUUCCCGCUGCUUCCCAAUUCGGAAGAUAAUUUCUCUUACACUGGAAUUUUUAAUGUAUCGCAGCUUCUAGAGGGGGGGGGGGGACACACACCAGGACAUUGGAAACAAGGCAAGGAAAUAGGCACAAAAAAGCUGGGGUAGCUCAGCGGCAUUUCUGGAGAAAAAGGAAUAUGUGACGUUCUGGGUCGAGACCCUUCCUCAGGGGAGAGGGAAAGGAGAGAUAUGGAGAGAACAAAUGAAUGAAAGACGUGCAAAAAGAGUCACAAUGAUAAAGGAGGCGGGCCAUUGUUAACUGUGAUCUAGGUGAAAAUGAGUCACAGACAAUGAGACUCAACAGGGCGACUUUGUAGCUGAGGUGGGGGACGACCUAGGUGGGGGAGUGAUGGAGAGAGAGGGAGAUGCAAGGGGCUACUUGAAGUUAGAGACAUCAAUAAUCUUACCACUGGGUUGAAAGCUGCCCAAGCGAAAUAUGAGGUGCUGGCAGGAAACCUUUUUUUUUGUGGGGGAGGGGUGGGGGGGGGGGGGGGGGGUCGGCUUCUGUAUAAUAUUCUGUAAGUUAAUGGAUGAUAAAUAUGCCUGUGUUUGAGAGACGUGCACACGAGAUAUAUUCCUGAAUGCAAGCGACUAAGCGGAGUAAUGCUAAAAACCUGAGCACAAUAACAAAAUAGAUUUGUAUAAUUUAUUAUAAAUAAGAUCGGGGAGCUUGGAUAAGGAUUUAUAAUACUCCAGCGGGGGGGUCUUUUACCCUCGUGAUGUACAGGUACCUCAUUUACCUUGAGUACACAAGUUGAGGGCGAAACACACUCUCAUAGGCACACAAGACUAUACGGGGUGUAACUUUUAGCAGUUUCAUGUAAUGGGCUGAUGGAGCAGGGAAGUAUGUUCUUAAUUUUAAUCAUUAGUGUAGCAGAUGAUUUAUACCGACUUUUACAUCUGGAAUAAUUUUAUCAGUUUUGCCCCCCGGCGACACCAGCUCACCGUCGGUUCGUCCCGGUGUGGGUGGGAUUUCCUCGUGUAUAUAUUUGUACCAAUAAAGAGAAUGAUUCAUACCUUU